UGUACCUGACGGUGUUGGCUGCGUCCCUUUUCAGUAGAGGCGUGGAGUGGGUGGCUGCGGCCUCUGGACUGGGAUGAACCGCGCUCCCAGUGGAGAUAGGGCAGCCGAGCCAGAGCCAUGGCCAGUACAGUGGUAGCAGUUGGACUGACCAUUGCGGCUGCAGGAUUUGCAGGCCGUUAUGUUUUACAAGCCAUGAAGCAUGUGGAGCCUCAAGUAAAACAAGUUUUUCAAAGUCUGCCAAAAUCUGCCUUCAGUGGUGGCUAUUACAGAGGUGGAUUUGAACCCAAAAUGACAAAACGGGAAGCAGCAUUAAUACUGGGUGUAAGUCCUACUGCCAAUAAAGGAAAAAUCAGAGAUGCUCAUCGACGAAUUAUGCUCUUAAAUCACCCAGACAAGGGAGGAUCUCCUUAUAUAGCAGCCAAAAUCAAUGAAGCUAAAGAUUUACUAGAAGGUCAAGCUAAAAAAUGAAGUAAAUGUAUGAUGAAUUUUAAAGUACAUAGUAGUUUAUGUAUGAGUCUGACUUUUUAUAAUAAAAUGCUUCAAAGCUGAUUUU